AUGAAAGAUGUUUAUUCACUAUUUGUUACAAAUUCACCAUUUGUGUCAAACUAUCACAUCAAUAGUUCAACGUCAACAAUUAUUUAUUCCAUUUAUCGGCAUCAUCAUACUAAUUUAACAACUGUCAAACGUAAAAGAAUUUUUCGAUCGUCAUCUCAACAUUUAUUAUCAUCAUCAUCAUCAUCAUCAUCAUCAUCAUUAUCAUCAUCAUUAGCAGUAGCAUCAUCAUCAUCAGCAGCAGCAUCAUCAACAAUAACAACAGCAGCAACAACUGUACCUGUAACAUUUGCUUCUCGUUCAUUUUCAACAGGUGGUGGCCGCUUAUUUAUUGACGAUAGUCCUAUAUCUACUACUUAUUCAGCUAGAACUGGUCUAAAAACAGCUGCAGCACUUGGAGGAAUGUUAAUAUUAGUUAUUUUCUAUUUGUUAUGGAAACAACGAGGUAAAUGUCGUCCGGGUGAAAGUCAAGAAAAAAAAUUUGAUUUAGACUAUUGGUUAAAACAAGUUGAUCUUAUGCAACAAAAAGAAACACAAAAUUAUACAAAAGACAUUUUUUUGCAAUUACCUACGGAUGAACCGCGCGAUACACACGAAGCAACGGCUUCAUGGAUAUUAGACACAUACAAACAAUGGCGACUUACACAAUAUCAUCGUUAUAAUAGUUUAACUACAAGAUCAAUCCGUGAACCAUUGACACUCCCUAUGACAUCAUCUCCAAAACGUUUAAAAAAAUUUUUAAAACGUCGACAAAGUCAACAUUCAACUAUUUUUCGACGUAUUCGUAAUAUAUUAACACGUUCAAAGACGCUUGGUGGUAAUCGAACUCAUGGAACUUUAUUACCAUUAAUUAAAAUCGAUACAUCACGAUUAGAUACAGAAUUAAACAUAUGUACGUCAAAACAAAAACAACGACAACAAACACAAAAUCAUUUAACACCAUCGAUAUCAUUCUAUGAUGAACAUGCAGCACGUAUGAAUGAAGAUGCUCCAACAUCUAUACGAACAAAAAAUAUCUUAGCAUUGAACAUGUAUUAUAAUCAUCAUCAUCGUGCAAAUUCAUGGCCUAAAUUACGUCCAAAUCAUUCAAAUACAGUCGCCAGAGCUCAACGUAUUCGGAAACGUCUAUUAAAUAAAUCCCCAUCUACAUCAUCAUUAACGUCCGUUCCUCAACAAUCCACACAACAAACUAAUACUGUGUUAUGUUUAGCAUUAAUAAAUCGUCCAAAAGAGACCGUUUUAUAG